GGAAAUCUCUGUUUGAAACACAGUCCCUCAAACGCUUCUGCCCGGCCACCCGUAGCCGAAUGGACCUGCUGCCCGACUUAUGGAGGCAGGAAUACUGGCUUCCUUCAGGUGUGACCUGGAGGGACGUGGAACAGCUGGCAGACUCGGACCGACCGCGACCCCAUGACCUUCUCAUAGCUCUGCCCCUCGCGCUGGGCUUUGUCGCCCUACGCUACGUGUUUGAGAGUUUUUUUGCCCCACCCAUGGGCAGAUGUUUGGGGGUGAAGAAUAGACUGCAAGUGACGGCUGCCCCCCACCCGAGGCUGGAGUCGUUUUACACCCGGAGGAGCAGACAACCGACCCAGAGUGAAAUUGUUACUUUGAUGUCGCUGUGCGGCAAAACCCAGAGGCAGAUCGAGACCUGGUUCAGACUCCGCCGGAACCAAGACAGGCCACCUCUGACCAAGAAGUUUGCCGAAGCGGCCUGGAGGUUCUUUUUCUACCUCACAGCCUUCGUUGCUGGACUUGCGUGUUUGAUCGAUAGUCCGUGGUUCUGGGACCGCAGGGAAUGUUGGAGUCAAUAUCCAGUUCAGCCGAUGGAGAGAGCUCACUACUGGUACUACAUGCUUGAGUUGGGCUUUUACGGCUCUCUGCUCCUUCGAAUAUCUGUGGACAUCAAGAGGAAGGAUUUUAAAGAGCAAGUGAUCCACCAUUUGGCCACCAUCUUCCUGCUCAGUUUCUCCUACUGUGCCAACUACAUCCGCAUCGGCACCUUGGUCAUGCUGCUCCACGACUCCUCUGACAUCCUGCUGGAGUCUGCCAAAAUGUUCAACUACGGCACCGGCUGGAGGAAAACGUGUGACACGCUCUUUGUUGUGUUUGCCGUUGCCUUCCUUGUGACUCGACUGGUGAUUUUCCCCAGCAAAAUCCUCCACACCACCCUGGUGCUGUCCAUAGAGGAGUUCCAGCCCUUUUUCGGCUACUACUUGUUCAAUGUCCUGCUGAUGGUGCUGCAGGCUCUGCACAUCUUCUGGGCUGGCUUGAUCAUACGCAUGGUUUAUAAGUUCCAAAAGGGCAAGCUGGAGAAAGAUGAGCGCAGCGAUGAAGAGAGCGAAGUCGAGGAGGAAGGCCAGGAUAAAAGAGGAGAGGAGAAUGAGGAUCAAGGAGAGGAUUAUUGUUGGGAGAGAAGUAAAGACAAAAUGAACUCCAAACUGCGAAUGCUGACCAACAGUUGUGUCCUGACCAACCACAGGGCGUCUGUAGCAAACAACAUGCGUAAAGCUCAGUAAAGUCCUGGUCAUUUGUAUUUUUGUAUGUAACAAUUGAAGCCAAGAUUUACUUUAACUUUUACAUGUAACAAUAUACAACUGAUGUGUUUCUUUGCCUUGUUGGUUCCUGCACGCUGACACAUUAAAUGGAGAGCGAAAUUAGACAACGUGGUUGUUUCGCCAUUAGUCUAAUUCAAAUUCUGGCAUAGCAGAGGUGAGUUUGAAUGUAUUGACUUGGUUUUUGGGCCAAAGAAUGGUCUGCUCACCGCUCUGCUACACAAACAAAAACACAGUUCUGUGUUGCAUCUUACAUUGCGGACCGUUAACGUUGUUUAUCAAUUAGCAAGCCAACAAAGCACAUUUGAAAACAGUAAAGAAAUUGUUACAAAAACAUUGCACAAUAGAAAAUAGCGUAUGUCAUUCAUGUAAGACCCAGUACAGCCAGAAGUCUCUUAAGUGAUGAAGUCAUCAAAAUAGUAUUGAUAUGUUAUAGGAUAGAAUUACAUUGUGUCAUUCGCCACUUUGUUAAAUCGCACGUAAUUACCAACUCUUUCCUUUCACACGUUCUAUUUUAGAAUAAUUGUUAUUGAAGCGGUACCUGCUGUUGUUGAUUGUUAACCUGUUCAUAUUCAUACCACUAAUCUGUUUUUUUCGCUUUUUAUAUAGUGUAAUGUUUUGGAUUUGCAUCUUAUUAUUAUUUUUGUUAUUAAAUAAAGAUCAUCUUAACCCGCCA